GCACCGACCUGGAAACAAGAUUUUAUCCUGCGCUGGGACUCGCUUCCAGUCUACAGAUCCACAGCAGUCUGUGUCUGGCUGACGGUCAGGCGCCUGGCGCGGGACGGUGCCGCAAUAAGCGCGCCAUACCGUGGCAUCGAGCUCGACCGUGGAAUGCACGGAAUUUCCGAGUCAAAUUGACGGCUUUUUCCGAACCUAGUCGGACGACAGCAUGUCGCACAGAUCAUCGGACGCCUACUCGCGGCGUCCUACCACCGAGGAUCGGCGCGGUUCCGAGUCUCGAGACCGCCGCCUAGAUCCUUACAAAGAUGAGAGGUACCGGCGGGACACGGGCACGUCUGCGAGAGAGCGGCGCACAUCUUCAGUAAACUCCGCCGCAAAGUCCCGAGUCGCGGGGAAUCCUUCCCGACCUGAGAAUGGGACGAGAACGGCGUCAACGCCUCGAUCGCCCGUGGAAAGCCCUACUGCAGACUCAAACACCGCAUGCGAUAACUUCGCUAGCCUGCUCAGACAACACGACGAGGCUGUCAUCAACGUGGCUAGGCUCAGGGCCGAGCGAGAUCCGCUUGACAAGGUUUUGAAGCAAAGACAAGCGGAGUAUGAAAAAUCAAUGAUUAAACAUGCGGAAUUCCCCUCUGUGCCAGAAGUACAAAAUUUGCACAGGGUGAGGUAUGCCGAGCGCGUCCGCUUGCUGGACGCACAAAUACAGAAAGCCAAAGACGUUGCAGACGACACAGCGCGGUCCAUCGCCCAAGUCAUUUCAAGCCUCCCCGGACCCGAGACCAAUGUCGCGGCUCCAACUAUGUCUCUGCAACAACAAGAGACGUCGAAAAAACAGCAAGCGGAAAUCAAUGAGCUGAAAACGAAACUACGCAAAUUUGAGGCCGAGUACGCGCAGGAGCAGGACGAGCUGAAGGCCAAAUUUGACAGACAUUGUGCAGAGCUAAAGGACCAGAUGAAGGAGCAAAUGAAGGAGAUGGCCAAGGGGAUGAAAGAGGUGAAAGAAAUCAAAAACAUGAAGAGAACGAGCGAGGAGGCGGUCGAGGAGGUGAAGGAGGAAGUCCGUGCAGUCCGCGCGGAGAUUGACAAGCAUCAAUCGAAGAGCCGUGAGGCCAUCUCGGCUGCCGAGGUCUCUGCAAUUGUACGGAAAGAAAGCUCGGCUCUACAGUUGGAUAUCGCUAGCCUCUUAAAACGGGUGGGCGAGCUUACCGAGCAGCUCGCUCAGAGUACCCAGGACACCGUUGUCCUCCGCAACGACUUGAUGGCCUGUACCCAACGAGUGGGCGACGAAGCUCGAAAGAUUGAAGAGCAUGAGGAGAAACUCUCGAGUCUCGACACCGAAGCGCUCGACAGCGCGGCUGAGGCGGUGUCCAUCGGUUUCCCGGACCUGCAAGCGAAGGUGGCAAGCCUUCAAACCAAGAUGGACUUCACUAUUUCGCAGCAGGAAGUCGACAACAGGCAAGAGACUUUGUUUUCCCAAGUGAAACAAUAUGUGGAAGGGAUGGGCGAGGGUUUAGGUCAGAUGGUGGACGAGGCACAGAAGGCUACAACAGAGCACGAGGCGCGCAUCAAAGCUCUCGAGAAGGCCUCCACGAGUACCGCUAGCCCCGGCCCGGGUACCGGACAUAACCAGGCGGCGACAGCCAAGUUCGACACCAUUAGUUCGGACAUUGCUUCGAUCAAAUCCGAAUUUGACGCGGCCAAGGUCACAAUCAACCAGCUCACUGAGAAUGUCUCAACAAUCGUCAACGAAGAGCUCAGUAAGCAGCUCGAUAUGCUUCGGCAGUCGUUUAUGGUGUUGGACGCCCAAUUCAACAACCUGUCCACCAAGUCGCUGGCCGAGCACAUUAUCGGACAUCUCGAGCAUUUCUACCCAAAUGCCCGUCAGCUCAAUGCUGACAUUGAGUUUUUGAAAACCGCGGUCGGUGCCCUCGGCUCGCGCAUCGACGAGGCCGAAGGGCGGAUAGAGGAUUUCAAAGACAAAGCUGGCAGCUUUUCUGAGGCCAAGCCAUUCGAUGCGUCCGAGGUGGAAAACAUGCAGAACUUACUCCUGCAGAGCCUUGACGAGAGCGGCCGGCCGGCCCUCAAGCGGAGGAGGGUAGAUCCAAGCCCCAAUGGCAUCGAGCAGCUAGUGCCAUUGACGAACGGGACUGGUUAGGAACGUGGUCGGACGUGGUUGCUUGCCGGACACCUAUGAGCGAGCUUGCUAAGGAGCGAGCGUGCUAAAGAGCGAGCGUGCUAAACUUGGGUCCACGGUUGUCAUUAAAAUGGAUGCAAAUAUCC